AUGGACAACUUAACGUGCACAGUAUAUACCGACAACGGAUUGAAUAUUUGUUCCCAAUUUCAUUACGAUCAUCAAAGAAAACGGUCCCUACCUCGUAUCUGUAGUUGGAGGAAUGCUACCUACACUGAAGGGGAUUGUACUAAUUUGUGCUGUGGGAAGGGGUAUACGGUCUCGCAUCAAGUUGUUCCCUAUAAAUGCCAAUGUAAAUUUAUUUGGUGUUGCAGAGUGGAAUGUAAGGACUGUUUGGAACAUAGAUGGGUUUCUACUUGUAAUACUUGAAAAAAAA